AUGAGCAGGGUUCCCACAAUAGCAACCGUCGUCCGCGGCGCCAGCGUCAACAUCGUGCUCAAGGCCGACCAGCCGACGGGCCGCACCGUCUCCGGAACCGUCCAGGAUGUCCUGACCCGCGGCAACCACCCGCGUGGGAUCAAGGUGCGCCUCUCCGACGGCCGCGUGGGCCGCGUGCAGUCGCAUGCAGGAGCCCAAGCAUCCGGGGCUUCAUCUGCCGACCAGCCGCAGGAGUUCUCGGGCGAAGCCCCGCCUGCCUUUGGGGACAGGCGAGGACCGGGGCGCCGGCAGGGUAGGCGGCAGGAGCAGGAGGCCGACUUGCCGUCGGCGCAGGUCGGACUUGAUGCGUACAUUCGGCCGACGAAGCAAAAGAAAGGUGGCCGCGGAGGGGCGGCGCAGGCUGCUGCUCCGGUGAGCGGGGAGACUGCUGCGGCUGUGCCUUCCGAGGUCGUCACCUGUCCUGUGUGCGGCACGUUUGAGGGGGAUGCGGCUGCGGUUGAGCAUCACGUCGCCAGCCAUUUCGACUGA